AUGGACGGCGGUGGGUUAGACGAAGGCGAUGUUUCAGCUUUAGACGCAACAUACCAGAUUCUAAUCAGAAAAGCGUCAGAAGCCAGGGCUAGUGCGUACUGUCCAUACAGCCACUUCCGGGUGGGGGCAGCCGUGCUUUGCGGCAAGGAUCAAGCCAUAUACAGCGGAGCAAACGUAGAGAACGCGUCGUAUGGACUGACGGUAUGCGCCGAAAGGGUGACCAUACAGAAGGCCGUGUCGGAUGGACACAGACAGUUCCGAGCUAUGGCCGUGGCCUGUGACGUCAAAGAGUUCACGGGACCAUGCGGUGCAUGCAGGCAAGUUUUAGCUGAGUUCGGACUGAAUUGGUUCAUAUACUUGGUAAAGCCAGACCUCACCUGGAAGCGGGUUAAAGUCUCAGAGUUACUCCCCUUGGCUUUUAGCCCAGAAUCGUUACAGAAGGAACGCGUACUAACCAACUCAAACAGUCCACAAUAAGCAAAAUAAAUGAUUCUCUGCAAAGGU